GGUGGUAGUGAGCAGUGAGCACCUGAUACGAUCCCCCCCCCCCGGGGGGAAUAGGGGAGAGUGUUGUACCUUUAUGACCGGUUUUCACUUAAAAUUUUUUUGUAGAGACAGGAAAGCUCCAAUUAUUUAAAAGAUAAAAAGUCCACUGCAAAAUUGAAAAAUCCUCUUUGACUUGCUUAUCAUCCACUUGAUUUGGCAGUGUUGGGGAGCUUGGCGACAAACUCCUGUAGGUUCCAUAAAACAAUGGGAGUUCCCUGAGUAUGGGAUAAGAGUGUUUAAAAAUAGUACACAUCAUGGUCGAGAUAAAUAUUCCUACUGUCAACAACUUUUUAUAUUGUGUUUCUCUACGAAAUGGAGUCAAAUUACUUGGAUGGAUGUUUUUGAUUGGACACAUCAUGGCUAUGUUUGAGUCUCCGCUGAUGAACUUACAGAAUUACCACACGUGUCAUCUCAUUCCACUUUAUACUGACCCUGAUACGGGCUCACACAUCUGCCCAGAUUGGCUAAAGUUUGAAUUGUUCAUGACAGUUAUCCUGGACUUUUCUUUGUCCAUUGCUCAGAUAACCAUUUCCUUCCUUCUCUUGCUUGGAGUAUAUCAGACAAAACCUCGACUGAUUCUGCAAUGGGUUGUAUUACAGCUGGCAAUGAUCAUCAUAGACAUUGUGUUGACCAACUCAUCAUAUAUCAGGGAGAGUGAAAAAUACAAUAUGAACUAUUUUUACAUCUUCUAUAUAACUUGGAAAAGUUUGGAAGCUUACGGUGUCUACAUUUGCUACUGCUACUACAUUAGCGUCAUAUCGGACCCCACACAGAUCGUCUAAGUUAUCAAUGAGGAACUAAAUUUUUUAAAAAGAUGGUUAAAAAUAAUAAAAAAGCAGUAAAUAAGAAAAAGAAAGAAGAAGGGAAAAUAGAUUAAUGUAGUACCCUAAUAUUGUAAAAGCUUAACCGUUACCUCUUAACUGAAGCACACUGGAGUUCAAAUAAAAUAAACAGCAGUAAAUAUUUCUUAUGAGAACAUUAAAGAAUUGUACUUUGCAAAUGUACGCAACCUCAAAUAUAUGCAAUUGUAUAUUGAA